UGAUUUGAGUCUUGUGACAAUCCAGACAGAAAGGGAAAACGAGUUUCGAGUUUACAACUGUUUUUUUGUGUGGUCUAGAGUGAUUGGAGAGGUUCUUUUGACAAAAAAAAAUGACAUAAUGAGGUGAUAAGAUGGCGAUAUUUUAGACAUUUCCCUCUUUUUUAAAUAAGCAUCCUCCCUUUAGACUGAACAGUCCGCGAGUGUUUCGGGUGGUGCAGUCAGGGACAAAGUUGGCACAUGGAGAGAGGCGAUAACUUAAAUUUUUGCGCGUCGUGUUUUCUUCGGUUUUUUUUACCCAUCCGUGCCUGCAAAAGUCGUAUGACUCGAGGCAACACCGACUAAGUAAAUCCAAAUUGUGUGGGAAGAAGAGGGCCAGCCAAGGCAAAGAAAGAGAAAGAUAACUUGAGGACGCAACAGACAUGGACAGCAAACCUCUUCUCCAAGACCGUCCUCCCUCUUAUGCUAACGUCGUCCCGGGGGCGUAUGAAUAUGUCCAGCAGCACAAUUAUGGAGCUAUCCCCGCCCCAACCCCUGCACCCCCGGGCUUUCAACAGCCGCCGCCAUAUCAGUACCCCACUGGCCCAGGGUUCCAAGAAGGCCCCAGUGCACAGAUGGGCCCAGCCAUAGCCCAGCAGCCCUACCCUGGUACAUACACCAUCAUCCAGCCCUCCGUGGUGGUGGUGGGGGGCUGCCCAGCCUGCAGAGUGGGCGUGCUGGAGGAUGACUUCACCUGCCUGGGGAUCAUGUGUGCCGUCUUCUUCUUCCCCCUGGGGAUCCUCUUCUGCCUGGCACUGCGCCAGAGGAGAUGCCCCAACUGUGGCGCCACCUUCGGGUAGAAGGACCAACCUGUAGCUCGUCCUCUCAGCCCAGCUGGAUCUUAUAACUUUGUUGUUUAUAAUUGUUACACACUGAGAAUGCCAGGUAUUUUCUAUACAACAAUUAAGUAGUCGCCACAAUGAACAUAAUUGUGAUAUGAUAGAGGUGCAUGUGAAAACCUACAUUUGUACAUGGUAGAAUAUACUUUGGCAGUAUUAUCUAGUGAAGAAGCCUGAUCUUUGUCCAUGGUGCCUUUUUAUUACGCUAUAGAGCAGAAAACAGACAGGGGCCAUAUUCCACAAAGCGUAUCAGAAAAUAUCCUGGAUCCUGUUUUAAGACAAAAAAAAGCUCCCAGCUCAGAGUAGGUUUUCUGAGGAUAAGUUACUGCUCAGACAGACUCUGAGCUAGGAGAAAAAUCACCUCAAAAGUUCCUCCGUUGGUAAUCACCACAGUUUGAGGUACCGCAUAAGGAGGAUAGUGAUGAUGCUCAUUGACAUUGUUGCAAAUGAUGAGGAAUAACCAAUCAGGACGAGGCACUGACAGCUGUACAACACGCUUCAGACAACGACAGGGAAUGUUUCAGUGGUCAAACGUGUGAUAUCAUCUGCCUGACACAUCGCUCUGUCUACUUUUCAUUUGGCCUAAUAUGUGGCUUUGCACAUGUUUAGAAUAAUGUGAUGGGAAUAUUGCACUGAAUCAGUUUGACAGUUAAAAUAUGAACGUUAUGUCAGCACUCUUCUGUUCAACACAUCUAAGGCAUCAAGUCACUUGCCGAUAAUGUUGCAUAAAGCGUUUCAAAAAGGUCUAGUUUUACCCAACACAAAGUUAAUAUAGGCUGUAGAUGCCCAACCCAUAGACACGUCUAGUUUUACCCAACACAAAGUUAAUAUAGGCUGUAGAUGCCCAACCCAUAGACACGUCUAGUUUUACCCAACACAAAGUUAAUAUAGGCUGUAGAUGCCCAACCCAUAGACACGUCUAGUUUUACCCAACACAAAGUUAAUAUAGGCUGUAGAUGCCCAACCCAUAGACACGUCUAGUUUUACCCAACACAAAGUUAAUAUAGGCUGUAGAUGCCCAACCCAUAGACACGUCUAGUUUUACCCAACACAAAGUUAAUAUAGGCUGUAGAUGCCCAACCCAUAGACACGUCUAGUUUUACCCAACACAAAGUUAAUAUAGGCUGUAGAUGCCCAACCCAUAGACACGGCUAGUUUUACCCAACACAAAGUUAAUAUAGGCUGUAGAUGCCCAACCCAUAGACACGGCUAGUUUUACCCAACACAAAGUUAAUAUAGGCUGUAGAUGCCCAACCCAUAGACACGUCUAGUUUUACCCAACACAAAGUUAAUAUAGGCUGUAGAUGCCCAACCCAUAGACACGGCUAGUUUUACCCAACACAAAGUUAAUAUAGGCUGUAGAUGCCCAACCCAUAGACACGUCUAGUUUUACCCAACACAAAGUUAAUAUAGGCUGUAGAUGCCCAACCCAUAGACACGUCUAGUUUUACCCAACACAAAGUUAAUAUAGGCUGUAGAUG